AAUAGUACGUUCUUGUGUCCACGAGGCGGGUGGGGGGAGGAGGAGGGUAAUGGCGACCUGCCAGAUCAUCAAAAGAAGGAACUGGAUUCUGGAUCCAUUAUCACUUCACUUCAGAUUUCAUCCAAAGAGGCCGGUGGUAUGGGACGAUCGCUGAACGAUGAGCCAUAUUAUCAUGGGUUCAUGUCGGCUGAAGAGUGUGAACCUUUAUUGAAGAAUAGUGGCGAUUUUCUGGUGCGAAAGGUGCAGGUGGAUGGUGAAGCAGAAUACGCGAUAACAGUGCGAGUUGAUGCAAGCGUGGUGAUGAGUUUCUUGAUCAAACGCAGUAAAUCUGUUCGUUUAUACUAUCGCUUUGCUGAUCACCACCGUUAA